AGACAAUAUUACUGUAAGAAAGUACCUUUACGUGCUGAGCACAUGUCCCGGACAGUAUACAUGUCCUGGACAGUAUCGCUAUUGGAAGAGUGAGUUCCCAUGUCUCCACCCACAUACCGUUGCUGUUGCUGAUACCAUCUGUGGAAGUUGCACGCUGCAUGAUUCAUGGUCUUCUGGUAUGGAAAAGUGUUCUACAAGCUAAAAUACCGGUAGCAUAACAAAUUUGUUUGUAACAAGACAAUGUGAGGAAGUGAGGAAGUGCCGGUACUUGUGCUUGUUCAGUAUAAAGUGCCGCCCAGAUGUCCACAGUAUAGUGCUGUGCACAUGUAGUACCACUAGUGAACUAUUAACGGCAGACCAUUACGAGUGCGAUCCCAUGCGUCCACCCACGUAUUGCUGAUGAUACCAUCCUUGGAAGUUGUACACUACGCAGUGUUUGUUCACCUGGUGUAAACCACAUGUAAAUGUAGUAUUUUUCUGUACAUGUUCCGGUACAUGUUUACAAGACAACACCACUAGGAAAUAUUCCUGUUCACAUUCUGGUAGUUGUGCCUGUGAAGGAAUCUCAAUGUUGCCAAAUUGCUAGUGAGUUCUCGUCAGAGUCAGAUACUUUCUCGAGAUGUCGGUGUCGUCCUCGGUUGUGGAGGAGAAGAAGGUGAACCGUGUUUCCUUCCUGGAUCCGGAGCUGGAAGGGAGUAGGAACAGCGCGGUGGGAUCCAGGGAGGAGGAAGAUGGAAGUUCCAGUAAUCGCGAGACGUCUGUCAUUACGGAAGAAGAUGUCGAUGGCUCGGAGGAAAACUUGUUGGAGCAGAAUGCGAGUCGUGUUAAGAGCGUGACAGCCAAUUUCUUUGGCGUGGGUGAUAACGCGCACGAGGAUCAGCGGAGAUGGCAGUCACGACGAUCGCGGCAUCUGAGCCGGCGACACGGAGGCAUCAAGGCUCAUUUAGAGGACGACAUGAUGGAACGAGAGGCCAUGACCAUGGGCAACAUGACCCCAUUGCCGCAUAUUAUUGACCCUUUGGCGAGGCCCAAGAUGAGAACAACGAUGGACGAAACGGACGGGACCCGCCAGCCGCUGAACUCGGCCAUGAGCAGCAUGACAGCCGGCAGCAGCGUGUUCCAGAAGCAGGUAUCGCACCGACUGACCAGGCAACGCAGCAAGAGGCAGUCGGUGGCCAAGAUGGGAUGGGACGUCUUGAGACAAUCCGUCAGGCAACCCAAGACUGCUCCCAAGCAGAGCGUGAGUCAGGACUGUUUGGUGCAGCAGCGGCCGCCGUUACUUCACAGCCGCAGCUUUGCACCAGCCAGCUUGAUCAUCGGUGAAUACGAGGACGAGGAGGAAAUGGACACAACGCCGUUCUUCUCCCCAGGAGUGCUCACAGACGAGCUUGCCGAUGACGUCUUCUUCAGCACCACUUCCCCAAAACACGUCCGGCAGUCCCCCGUGAGGAAGACAGAACCUGCCGCAGCUGCCGCCGCGGCCGCUGUGCCCUGUGACCUGACCGACGAUGACCUCAGGCUACGAGAGGCCGUCUCGCUACCGACUGUCAUGGAAGCAGAAAAAGGUGAGACGGACGAAGCAGCCGCACCCAAAGAACAAGACAUGAAGGAAAUCAAAGCCAAAAUGUCGGCCAGCCUUCCCUACCUCCCCAGCCCCGAGGUCACCGAGGAACUUCCCAAAGAACUCCCCACGACACCCUCCCCGGCAGAGCCACUCCCAGAACCCACCCCAGAACCCACCCCCGAUGAGCCCAGUCAGCCCGCCCCUGAGGUCCAGGAGGCCCCCGCUGUAUUGAGAGUCAGACCCCUGCCUUUGCUACCCACUCAGCGCGUCCCGUCGGCGGGUGAGCCUCUGGACGGGAGAGUGGCCGCAGCCAUGGCACAAAUGAUCCCGACAGGAAUCGGCUGGCGGAAAAAGAACACGGAAGACAAGUUCCGCAUGGCACCGAUCCUAGCUGAAGACUUGCCAGACGCCAUCCUGCCGUCGAUUCGGAGGAACAAGAUUGCCGAGCAGAUCAUGCAGGGGGCGUUUGACAACUCAGACCGGAGGCAAAUUGGAAAGGGACUCGUGGGGAGGGUGCUGAACCGGAGUUACAAAUCCCGGCGGAUGGACAGCAACGUCCGGAAACAGAUCGAGGAGAUUGAGGAUCAUAGGCCUUAUUUUACAUACUGGGUAACAACAGUCCAAAUAGUCAUCGUCAUCGUUUCCAUAGCGUUUUAUGGAUUUGCACCAAUCGGCUUCAGCUAUUCACAGAGGACAGAUCUGGUACAGCAGUCAAACCUGGUGAUACAGACGGUGGGGUACAUGGAACCAGACAACUUUUGGAUCGGCCCCAGACCAGCCGACCUGAUACAUCUAGGUGCCAAGUUUUCACCCUGCAUGCAUAGAGACCGUCAGAUCCACCAAAGCAUCGAUGAUGACAGGGAAUUAGAAAGCACGACGGGAUGCUGUAUAAGAACAGACAAAUCCGGCUGCGUGCAAACCCUCCCAGAAGACUGUCCAACGCGGUUUUCAAAUUUCAUCAAGUGGCCGGAUUCAGCGGAUCCCGAAAAUUCCAGAACGUCUGGGUCUGUCUGCGGACAAGAUCCAAGAUCUUGCACCAACCCGGCCUCGGUCCCUCCCUAUGAGUGGGAGGAUAACAUCAGUAAAUGGCCUAUAUGUUGGGAAAGCUUCGAGAUACCAGACAAGGAGCACACCACAUGCGAACUGACCGGUAGACCGUGCUGCGUCGGUAUCUACGGCAAGUGCAUGAUCGUCAGUAGGGACCAGUGUGCAUUUGUCAACGGAUAUUACCAUGAGGAGGCGACGUUAUGCUCACAGAUAAAUUGCUUGGAUGCCGUAUGUGGUCUGGUGAAUUUUGCCAAUCCGGAAUAUCCAGAUCAGAUCUAUCGAAUCUUUCUCUCGCUAUUUCUUCAUGCUGGAAUCUUCCACUGUAUAUUGAGCGUAAUUAUGCAAAUGACAAUCCUGCGAGACUUGGAGAAGCUUGCCGGCUGCUUUCGUAUCUCCAUCAUCUACAUAUUCAGCGGUAUCGGGGGCAAUAUCACAAGUGCAAUAUUCAUUCCUUACAGGGCAGAGACGGGACCAGCGGGUGCCCAGUUUGGCCUCCUCGCCUGCCUGGUGGUAGAGGUCCUCCAGAGCUGGCAGAUCCUCAAGUCUCCCUUCAAGGCCUUGGCCAAGCUCCUCUUCAUCAUCGCCCUGCUCUUCAUCCUGGGCCUGCUGCCCUGGAUCGACAACUACGCCCACCUGGGCGGCUUCAUCUGCGGCACCUUCCUCUCCUUCACCUUCCUGCCUUACAUCUACUUCGGGGAGUUUGACCGGACCCGUAAGCGCGUCCAGAUCCUGAUCAGCAUCCUGUGUCUGCUGGCCUACUACUGCCUGGUCUUCACCGUCUUCUACCUCCGCCUCCUCAAGGACUGCUCCUGGUGCCAGUACUUCAACUGCGUGCCGCUGACGAGCGACUUCUGCAACGAUAUGGAUCUCAUCCUGGACAAGAUUCCCGUUUUAUGAAGAGCUCUCUCACGCUUCGGGUCGUCAUUUAUGCUUAACAAUGCCACAAGAGGGAGCCCUGAUAAUGGACACCAGAGAAGGCCCCUCAGCUUUGCUGAUUUUAAUAUUCAUGCCCUUGAAGGAUGGUUUUUGCAAUGACACGAAUCUCAUAAAACUUGGGAGGUGAUUCUUUCCUUUGAGGUCGUUAUUUUCUUAAGCUUGACUCAAGAGAAUACACUUUCCAGAAUUUUUUUUUCUUCAAGAGUGUGCUUUAAUUGACAGCUUCAGCAAUUUCAAUAGAUUUGUUUGUCGCUAAAAUAAAGAAAACGAUUCGCAUAAAUGAAUGGAUGGAUUUGCUAACAUCUGCUCAUAGCUUGAACACACGAAGGCGCUCUAUAACAACACAAACCUGAGCCGCAAUUCUUUGGCCACGUCCGAGCUACUUGGCUACGGCUGGGAUUUAUACACAUGCCUAUGGGAAGUGGCUGCAUAGACCUGCAUGUUGUAUCCAGCUGUAGUAGCCCUAGAUGGAUCACGGACUGAUUGCUCAUUUAACACAAGAGGGCGCUCUUUACUGUAUGUAGUACUAGUAAAUGGUGCACCAUUGAUGGCUAUUUUUGGCGACAUGGGUCUCGGCCACUUUGGAGUUCAGGCUUUUUUAACAGGUUUUCCUCGACCAUAAUUUGUAUCUGCUCAAAGUGGGACAAAAGAGGGCGCCCUCCGAAUCCAGCAGUUCCUCGUGGUAAUAAUGUUGACACUUUCUAUUAGACAUAUGAUGUAAGAAAUAGGAAUGAAUACCAGCUAAGCCAGUUAUUCCACAACUUAUAUUUAUUCCCACAAUUUCUCGGCAACAUUUUUCAUACCUGUUCUUGGAGUUGGCCAUUCUCAAAUUGGUACAUGAUAUUUGGAGGCUACUGAAUUUCUCCAAAUUGGUAAAAUAUUUAAAAUUCCCAUUCAGGGUUUUAUCACCGUGAGAUCACUUUUCAAUUUCUUUUUGUAAUAUUUACAUUAAAAAUUAACAACUGCCCAUGUGUAUAUAUACAUCGUUUUGUGCCAAUUCCAUGCAGCCAAAAAAUUUGAACGGAUUUUUUCAAGGUUUCCAUUUCGAUAAUUCCUCUUAUCAUAUUUUGUUUUCUCAAGCACAGGCAAUUACCUUUUUUUUUUAAAUAUUGAAAAGUUUUCAUUGCUUUCACUACUAUCCGUGUAAAGAAUUUUUAAAAAAAAUAGCCACAAAUAGAACAACACAAAACAGCUCAUCAACUGGUACAAAAGAAUUGUUGAAAACAAAGCGUCAUCUCAAUUUCACUGAAUUUAUUAUAACAACUGCUGGUUUUUUAUUGUACAGUAAGAACAAAAUAUACACGCAUUUACAUUCCUGGGUUUUUUGUACAAUGGUAUGUAUGUAUAUAUACAUGUACAAGUAAACGUAUUUACAAGUUAUGUAUAAAAAAAUCCUUAUUUGAAAAAUCAAGGUUUUUUACAUUAUAUACAUCAUUGUAGACGCCAUGUACAGUUUAAAUUAUAGUUCACAACCAAUUUACAGUUGCCAUAUUAUGUUGAAACAAUUUUUUUUUUUAAAUAUGAAAUACUGUACAUAUAUUUGCACCAGUGUGUUCGACCAUUUACACUUAAAACUUUAAAAAAAAAUGUGCCACUUUACAAAGUCACAAUUGUGACAGGUGUUAUAGAAAAUGAGAUUUAUACACUAAAAAGAGGUUGUAUACUUAAAAAAAAAAACAAUGAUAAAAUGUACAUUUAUGGAAAGCCUCAUAGUUUGGUCAAAAGCACUCAUGUGUGAAAGUGCGUGCCUAGCGUGUCUUUCCGGGCAUUGAAUUUUACAGAAGAGAAAUUUGAAAUAAACUGAAAUAAAAGGUAAAUGUUUUCCCUUUCCUUUC